AUGAACCUGCAACAAGCUGCAGUAGCUGUCAUUUUCACCUGUUUGCUGCUGUUUCCUGCGCAAGCUUGGUGGCCAUUUUCCAGCUCGUCCUCAGAGGAAACUGGUAGCGAACAGGGAAGACAUUUGCAAGACAGCCCGGUCCCUUUUGAGAUGUCAACGGCCGAGGAAAAGUUCUUGGCGGAAGCAAGAAAAUACAUGGGAGACCUCAGCCCCUUGGAUUCUUGUCAUCAGAUUGUAAGUAUUCAGAUGGAAAGAUAGAGGAUUGGAUGGGAGAGAAAAUAGUCAAUUUAUCUUUACAAAUUUUCUAAGAAAUUUUAAAGGAAGAUCUCGAGGAUUUAUUUGUUCUUUAUUAGACUUUCCCAAGCUCUCGGUCAGUGCAGACCGGCCGAAAAAAGAGGGCUAGCUGGGAAAAAAAUAGCGAGCGAAAAACGCUGGGAAGAGAGAAGGGGAGAGCCAGUAAGCAUCUUUUUAAUUACCUCGGUCCUCCUACUUCCACAAAAACCGUUUCUCGUGUCCAGAUGGCAAAAUCUGUGGUGAAGGAGGGUUUCACACGCUCGCCAUGUUUGUUUGGCUUUGCGUGUGCGAAGGCAAGUGAUUGACGUAAAUGUUGACGGAAACUGCAAAAACUGACCAAUCAUAGUGUAUACCAGGAUUUGGGAUACCGGAAUGAGGUAUUGAAAACAAUGCUUGCGACUUUUAAUUCCCUCUCUCUCCCCGACCCUCGCGUAGCCCUCGCGUGGUUUUUGAAAAACUUUUUUGAUCUUCUUUCCUAGUAGUUUGGAGCCUGGAACAGGAGAGUUCUUCAUUGCUCCUUGUUUCAGUGUUUUGUUCUGAAAAUUGUCCUUUUAAAUUUCAGGUCAUUAACCGAAUCAAGAAAUCGUGUGGGGAUAUCAAUGAAGUGGAACUUGCAAAGCUGGGUGUGGCUCUUUUAAACUGUCAAUCAAAAUCUGAAGGAAGACGGACAUACGAGUGCACAGACGAAAUGGUUAGUGUUCAAAAUUGACGACGAAAUGGUCAGAAAGGCGGUCUAAGUAGCGAAUCACUCAAUCCAUCUGUCAUUUUUUUGGUCAGUAGGGAACUUAUGAUCCUACAACGGCGACUCUAAUACAAACGUCAUACAAAAAUAGACUUCGCAUCCUUUCAUACUUUUUGCGAUUAUUUUCUCUGAUCUGGGGCUGGAGAGAGAGGAUCGGGUCGAAAAUCGGACAGAGACGGUACAUAUUUAUUACCUUGCCGUUCCCGUUCCAUACAUGGAAAAGAAAUUUACAAACAAGCAUGAUGCACUUGCAGAGGUUGUUUUUUGCUUCCUAAACCUAUCAUGUUUUAGACGUUCCCCUUGCUGUCGCUGUCGUAGUUUCGUAAGGUCCCUGUGAGUAGGUGUUUUCUUUAUUUAUCGGGAGCAUGCGAGCACUUAAAGUCGCUUGAGUGAUCCAGUUGUUUAAUUGGCCGUUGUAAUGCUGCGUGUGACACUGGGUCGGUGUUGUGUCCUUGCGUUGAAUUCCUAAGGACAAUAUUUAAGUUCAGACCAAUUGGUCAAUAAUUCACGAUUUUUAGCAAAAUGGUCACGUGACAAAUCACGUGACUGAUUAACACAACAUUUAUACUUUAAAAUUUUAAGGACGAUGAUUUCUUUAUGUGCACCAAAUUUUGAUUCAGUACAUCAUCUAUACCGAAGUUAUCAUUUUCCACAGGUAAACCCCUUAUAUUAGUCCCAGGCCUUAAACUACUUGAGUACAAUUCGUUGCCGCUGUUGCAGGGAGACGUCGCGAAACGUCCAAAGUUCAAGUUUAACGAAAGACGUGAGCACGAGAAAACAAUUUGAUGUUCUUUUUCUGAACUCAGAUACAGCCUUUCAGAAUUCUACUCCAGAAAAAUUUGUCAAUAUUUGACAAACUGAACGAGACAAAUUAUGAGUAAAGAAGUUUGAAGCGGCACGAAUUCACUUUUGUGUCACAUUUUCGCUAUCGCCGUCGUCGUUGAUGCUGAAGCUCCUUCCUACAAACAACUGCUAGAAUUAUGAGACGGCUGAGGCCGUUUUACACGCGUUCAGUUUAUUGUGAUUUGAACAAUAUACCCAUACAACAUUUCUUUUCAGGAACUGCGUGAAUGCACAGCUGAUAUGGACGCAAACACAUGGAACAGUUACCACAUCAUUAGUAAUAGGGCGCGGUCCAUUUGUUACGCCACCAGACAGCAACAAUUUAGACUCAAGACAGAGUUCACUGUCAAUAAACUGGCAAAUCAGGCGGAGAAUCAGAUGCAUCUCAUGAACCACCUACAGGUCAGCUUGUUUGAAACGGUUAAUGAUUGUUGUGAGUAGUAUGGCGGGGAACAAAUUAUCCUCUUUCGGAAAAAUUCUUAAACGUGCGAUAGAACUCAAGAAAGACCUCAUCUCAACAAGCAUACUUGUUCGCUUGCUUCUGAAGAAGCGGGCGAGGGUAUGUUCACGUGAAGUCCGCGAGCAUCAAGUUUUUCAUGCGUUUUAAGAUUCUUAGGCCCGUGUCUUUGAACAAAUUCUUGGGCAAAUCGUCUCUAUAAGAGUAAAAGUACUCAGCAAUACAAAAAAGGUAGUGUCAAAAGAGAAAAAGGCUCACUUCCCGCUGACGCACGUAGAUCAAAAACGUCACUGCUUAUAAACUAAACUAUAACUGCACGAGUUUUCUUUUUCAAAACAGGAUGGUCAACGAAGGCUGACAGACGUUGCAGAGGAUACAGUGAUAAGAGUAACCGCUGGCCAAGAACGUCUCGUUAGGCAACAGCAGCAGCUGCAAUCUAACUACGAAGAUGUCCAGCGGUCGAUCUCCUUUAGUUUAAGAGGAAACGUGAGGGCAUUAAAUCAUGAAAAAGUGUUAAUAGAUAAUGGUCGCAGACAGCUGAAGGAGAUGGCCAAAACGGUUAAAGAAAAGCUUGGUAAGGAUAUGUAUAAUGUCGGGGGGUUUAUCUGCCAUCUGUAUCAAAAACAAAAAGUCUGGAUAAGCCCCCUCGAAUCCAGCCAAUCAGAGCACACCAACGUGCAUCGGUUGUCUGCCAUGGAUGCGUUACGAGGUGCUCGUGAUUGGUUGGUUUAGUUACGGAUUGGUGGUCUCUGAUAUCGUUCUCCCCUAGUCAGUCGAAGUUUUGCGUUAUGUUUCUGCUUACUGUCAAUCUGAGUAGAGAUGAUUUUUUCAACCUACAGAAAAUGCCACCUUGGAAAUUAAGAAACAAGACGUGGACAGAAAAGUAAGCCAUCGCAAAAUCCUUGAAGAUCUGAACAGGAUUCGCAGUAAAGCAGAAGAAGUGUGGAAUAAAAUUGGUAAGAAUUUUAACCCGGGGAAAUUGGUCAUUUUGAGGUAGGACUGUGUUUUAAACCCAAAUUCUUAGCCAGUUUUCUGCGCAACCUCGUAACAUCCAAGAAACGAUGGUGUCCCCAAAAUAUUCCCAUGGUUGAAUUCGACCCAACUACGGGCCAGUCUUGCGUGUAACCUCAAAACCUGGGGGGAUACUCGCUGUGCUGUGCUGCUUCGUUCCUGGGCGCCCGCCUCAACUGUUGAGUAGAAAACGCGACUACGAUUGGUCAAGGAGUAUCGCGCAAUGGAACAUGGGAGCGAUCAGCGUUGGCGCAAAGGUGUGCACCUUUCUCAUGAUCCCUUGCCCAGAACCAAGUCGCCCCAACCGCUCUCGAUCACGAAUCCGCUAGAAUGCACCUGGGUACGAGGCAGCUCCCUGAGUUAGCCAGCGCGGGAAGGCUCUGUCCGAAAGCGGUACCAUUUUCAGGCUUUGGAUAUACAAGAGCAGAGAAAAGGGAUUUCUUGAGUUGAAAUAUAUGAAAAAAAAAACAAAAUUAGUAAUUUGGGUAUUCAAAAUGGCCUACCUAAAGUAUUUCGAACAGAGGUACCUUAUGGUUGUAUCAAUUUAAUUUUUUAAAGGCCCCAUUAAGUGGCAAGAAGACUUGCUGUAGGGGGUAUGUGGACGGCGUAUCAUUUUUCAAUGGAGGUAUAAGAAAGGGCUACAUAUACAAGGGCAAGACGUUGGACCUCGAGGCGGAGCGCUCCCACAUAUAAAAACGUUGCUGAGUAGAAAUACCCCCCCCCCCUCCCCUGUGCUUCAAAAUGGCUAAUAGCUAAAGUUAAAAUACUCUUUACCACCCAUGUCGCUGAACUACGUGGACAAUGAUUUCCCACUGAAUAUCUUUCUCUUUAGACCAUAGUACUCUGCAGAUGAUGUCGUAUCACAGCGAAACGACGCAACAUUACAACGAGACGAUGCAAAACUUGAAAAUCAUCAACGAAACUAUUGUCUACUUACUCAAGGUAUUUUGGGGUCUGAAAUUUUACGAGUGCCUUUUGAAUUGCUUCCACUACUGACAAUUAAAAGUGGAAUAAAUUCUUUUAUCAGGUAACGAAUCAAAUGCAGGAAAAGAUCGACGACAGACUUUCGUGGUUGACACAACACCUAGGAGGGACUGGUGACAAACUAGCGAUUAUCACCACGUGCCUAUUGCAUGCUGGAUAUUUCCUUUUAGCGACCCUUUGCAUUUUGUUCCUGAAUGCUCCUCUUUUCACGAGACUUGUUCUUCUCAUACUGGUGCCUAUCAACGCCUGGAGCGAAAUUAAAUUUCGUUCCAGUUUAUCGUACGGUUCGCUUUCGUGUCUUCUUACAUUGGCAUUAAUUGGUAAGUACUUUUUCGUUCCAUCAGUAGCGUCAGUCAAGCUGUCCAAGGAAUUUUUCAUGUCUUCGAUUUUCCGCUCUUCUGAGGGUACGCGGCGUCAGGGUUGCGGCGAUAUCCAAUUUUCCCUCCCCUUUGCAGCGAUUACAAAUUUCUCUGCCCUUGCCGCCAAUCAGGACCGGGACUCCCAUUUACCACGUUCGGCCUUAAUUGAGAAAUCUUAUUCGUUUAAAAAGUUACAUCACUUUGCAGUGUCCUACUAACGCUAAUGAAACUGCAAAUUGUUUUUUUCUAUUUAGGAAACUGGUUGUUUUUUUACAUCAGGAGGAAAUAUUCUCAGUUCCAUGAAAACCUUCUUUGUGCACCCAAGUCUUCACCUCUUGCGUUGAACGUAGAGUCUUUUGUCAGCCGAUGGUCACGUGACAAGACUCCAAGUGACAAAGGGAAUGAAUCGGAUGUGACAAGUACGUUUUACUGUUUCCUUACGCUCUGGCACAUAUUCCUCUCAUUGCACUCGCGUACGUGUUCAAAAACAAACGCGCGCACCGCGUUCAAGUCUUAAGUUCGUUCGAGUCUACAUUAUGGACAUUUUUUUCAGUUUAGACCAUUUUUUUUAAUUAACGAAACCUAUCAUUUUUUCUUAGUUUAAAAUCUCGCUCUUUCCUCUUAUCAUUAAUUAUCGUGUAAUUCGGUACCGUUUGGAACCCCCCUUGCAUAAUAAACCUUAAAGACUGGUCCCGAGGGAAACAGUUAAUAUUGUUUACCGAGAAUCUCAGGGCCUGUUUAUAUGAAGGUGGGGUACCCUAGCAAGGUGAGGUAACUCGCCUAGGUGGGGUAACCCCGCCUGUCCAUAUAAACUCUCAUUUUCACUUGACCAUGUUUACAUGAUAGGUGGGGUGACCCGCCACAUGUUACCUCACCUAUCUGGGGUCCCCCACUUCCAUGUGAACAGGCCCUCGAUGUUUCCCGAGGCGGAGCUGAGGGAAACUUUGAGAUUCAAACAAAAUUUACUGUUUCCUGAGGGACCAGUCUUUAAGUGAUUCGUUAUCUGGCUGGAAAUUCAUUAAACCUCGCUGUAACAGCGGUCGUCGGUCAACAUUCGCGGGUAAUAGUGCACUGUUACCCUCUGACGUCAUAGAUUUUGCAAUGAUGCCCGCUCAGAUGUUUUGGUGCCAACAGUUUCAUUGUUAGAUGUCACGUGACCUCGAAGUAACCAAUGAGAGCGCGCGCUGAGGGAAAAAAUUUCCAGCUAUAUAACAAUCCAUGUUAUAACAUCCAAUGGAUUGAACACCAUGCUAGUAAUGCGCGACAAUUCACUUUCAUUUCUUUUUGUUUAGGUAUUUUGGAAGACUCGGCCAUCCCGACAUCUUGUGUUGGUCCUGUAGGAGAUACCAAACGCCAGUUAGAUCUUUCGAUCCCAGAAGCGACCUCGACCCCAAGCAAGGUCAGCACACCGCGCAGGCGCUGUGGCGCUCUCACACGGACAGGAUCCGCCUGUAAAAAUGUGAUAUCAAAGGGCAGUUUAAAAUGCCGCAGGCAUUCCAGGAUGGAAUCAAGCUUUAUCCCGGAUGAAUGCUAG